AUGUCAAAGAGAUCAGCUUCAGAUGAUUUGUCUGAGUUAAAAGGCAGCUCUGCAGUGAAGACAUCAGCAGAUUCUUUCCCAACCAAUAAUGCUUCCGUAGAAGGAGAUAUUGAAAUGGGUGAAUUUGAAGAUCCUUAUGGAGAUGAGUUUGAAAGUGAUGGGGAAAUUAUUCAACUUGACGAAGAAGAAGAUGAAGAAGAAGACGAAGCAUCAGCAUCAAAGAAAAUCGAAGAGCUCGAAAAUGCUGAAGCAGAAGAAGAAAAAGAAUCAACAAUUUAUCUUCCACAUAGAUCAAAACCCUUAGGACCUGAUGAAGUGUUAGAAGCAGAUCCAUCAGUAUAUGAAAUGUUACAUAACGUUAACAUGCCAUGGCCAUGUUUAACUGUCGAUAUCUUACCUGAUAAUCUCGGCAAUGAAAGAAGAACUUAUCCUGCCAGUGUUUACGUUGCAACUGCUACUCAAGCUUCCCGUAAUAAAGACAAUAAUUUAAUUGCUAUGAAGUUAUCAUCAUUAGCAAAGACUUUAGUUAAGGAUGAAGAUGACGACGAUGAUGAAGAAGAUGAAGAUGACGAAGAUGUUGACCCUAUAAUGGAUAGUGAAACUAUUCCUUUGAAAGACACUACUAAUAGAAUUAGAGUCUCUCCACAUGCAUCUCAAACCGGGGAAUAUUUAACAGCCACCAUGUCAGAAAGUGGUGAAGCAUUCAUUUAUGAUUUAUCAUCUCAAUUCAAAGCAUUUGAUACUCCUGGAUUCAUGAUCCCAAAAAAUGCCAAAAGACCAAUUCAUACAAUCAGAAGUCACGGUAACGUCGAAGGUUACGGUUUAGAUUGGUCACCUUUGGUCAAUACCGGUGCCUUAUUGACUGGGGAUGUAUCAGGUAGAAUCCAUUUAACAUCAAGAACUACAUCAAGUUGGGUAACCGACAAGACUCCAUUUUUCGCAUCACAAUCAUCAAUUGAAGAUAUUCAAUGGUCAACAGGUGAAUCAACUGUUUUCGCAACUGCUGGUUGUGAUGGAUAUGUAAGAAUAUGGGAUACUAGAUCGAAAAAACAUAAACCUGCAUUAUCCACCGUUGCUUCUAAAUCAGAUGUAAAUGUUAUUUCUUGGUGCGGUAAAAUAAAUCAUUUAUUGGCUUCCGGUCACGAUGACGGUACAUGGAGUGUAUGGGAUUUACGUAACUUUAGUUCUCAAACGCCAAGUCCUGUUGCUAACUACGAUUUCCAUAAAUCUCCAAUUACUUCCAUUUCCUUUAAUCCUCUUGACGAAUCUAUAAUAGCAGUUUCUUCAGAAGAUAAUACUGUUACAUUAUGGGAUUUGGCUGUUGAAGCUGAUGAUGAAGAAAUUUCAAACCAAAGAAAAGAAACCAAAGAAUUGAAUGAUAUUCCACCACAAUUAUUAUUUGUCCACUGGCAGAGAGAUGUAAAAGAUGUCAGAUGGCACAAACAAAUACCCGGAUGUUUGAUUUCAACCGGUAGUGAUGGUUUGAAUAUUUGGAAGACAAUUUCAGUUUGA